GGGCGAGAGGGUGAAGAGAAGGUAAAAAGUCAUAGUGAGCCCAAGUCAGACCGAGCCAACUUGCACCCGCUUCAAUUCUCUAUCGCUGUUUUCACUUCGCAACUUCCGCCAUGCUGGUCAUGCACGACGACAUCUCGGCUUCAAGCUCUGCGGGCGCGGCGCUACCGGCGCUGAUGAAGCGUGACGACGCCCGGUCGCUUGUCUGGCAACAAGAAACGUCCAGCUACUCGCCGGAGCCAUCUUUGCCUCCUCCACCGCCCCCUGCCAUUUCGGAGAGUAGCUCGCCUCCACCCAAGAAGAAAAACGGCAACAAGCAGAUUUUCAUCUGCACUGAAGUUCACUGUGGCAAGCAGUUCCCACGGUCUUUCGCGCUCCGACGCCACAUGCGCAUCCACACGGGCACCAAGCCCUAUGUGUGCGACUACGAGGGCUGCACGCAGCGCUUCAACACGUCGGGCAACUUAAGUCGCCACAAGCGUAUCCACAGUGGAGAGCGGCCGUACCCAUGUAUCUUCGAGAGCUGCGGAAAGCGCUUCAACACAAGCACGAAACUCAAGAGACACAUGCGCAUCCAUUUCCCUGAAGGGCAAAAUCUGUUCCGGUGUAUCGGGCAAAAUUGCAACUGGAGCUGUGACAAUUACAAAGAAUUUGCGCAACACCAAAAAUUGCAUCACAAUAUCAUUGUGGGUGCACAACAAGAGCACACCUACGCUCGGCAACAUCAUGGUCUGCAAGAGCGCGACCAUCACUCUGCCGUCGCCGCGGUCGAGGGAUCCGAGAAGGACAAUGACUACUUCUCCACAGCGGACACCACUCGCGAAUACGCCACCGACAGCCUUCCGUACAACGCCCACCACGUCUCCACCGCCCCGACUGGCAGCUUUCUGUACGCGAGCAGCUACGAUAAGCCCAAGAGCAGCGUCUUGGCUCCUCCCAAUCGUACUAAACUCAUGGGUCCUCCUUUCUUCGGCUCGGAUCUCGGUGGCAGUCUCCCGACUAUGUUGCCCAAAGAUCAGAGCAAAAAGGCUCCGGAUCUGGAUCAUCUGUACGGGUCGGACCAACGCCGACUCAAGUCGGGCAAUGCCUUCCCCUCGGUGCAGUACUCGAGCACUGGAGGCUCGUUCUCUAUCAGCUCUGAUAGUGCGUUCACCCGUCCUAGUUUCACUACCAACAGCAGCCACUUCGCUCCACUUCGACCCGAAGAGGAGCGAAGUAGUGGCAGCUAUGAGAAUCAACCGCAAAACCACCAACAUCAAAUGUUGCCACCCCCAGGCAACCACGUUCUUCGGCCGCCUCCACAAAGCCACGAAGAUAGCAAAUACGGCGGAUUUGCAGUGCCGCCGCCUAUGAACCCAGCAGCACCUGAGUUCACGGGCGAAGAGCUCAAUGUCGUGCUGCAGCUCAUGAACGAGAACUACUGAAAAGUCAGUCGAGGCGUUAAGUGAGGAACGACUUGCAGUGUGGAAGUGAAGUCGCUGUAGUUAAUGUGAAUUGUUUUCUAGUAUUUUGACGAUGAGAAAAUUGUAGAAAAGAUUGAAAAAUGUGAUCGCGAUUUGUGCCAUUUCGAACUUUGUCGUUUGAAAAUGAUGAAGCGAAGUUUCCGUAAGGAAAUGAAAAAAAAAAAUGGCGAAAGAAAAGUUUAGUUGAAAAAUAUGGUUGUUCACUCGGACCAUGGUACAUAUAUUCAUCGUACGUGCUGCAC